CGCAAAUUGGGCUUCAUUCUGUAGUCAUUUUGACCUCACGGGAAAUGGCGUCACGACGCACGGGCGACGUUGGCGAAAUUCGACCUCACUCACAGGAAGUGGAACGCAGACGGUUCAGGCAACUCCGUAAGAAAAGAAAAAAAUAGAAAAAAACGAAGGAAGAAAAACUCGGCAAAUAUCUUCUGUUGAGUGCUUUAAAGGAGCGACUUUACAGCCUAGCCCCACCGGAGUCGUUCCCCGGGGCGGAGGGACCGGAGUGGAUGAUGGAGGACUCCCACUUUAACUCCUACUUCUGGUCUCCAAUGCAAGGACAGAUCGAGAAUGCCGUAUUUCUUAACAAGGUGAAGGAGCAGCUGGGCCAGCAGGAAAAAAACCCCAACUACCCACAUGGCUCCACCCACUAUCCCACCACAGCAGUGGUGGCAGUUGCUGGGGGUUUAACUAUGGACGCUGGGGGGCGUGCGCUAAAGCAGGAACAGGCGCAUCCACCCCACUCCUCUCACAGCAUCACAGUCGUACCUGUACCGCCCACAGGAAUCAUGACGGCAGCGGGUUUGGUCACUCUGGUGUCUCCGGUAUCCUCUGCUCCGUCAUUUAUCUCUGGACAUCCAACAACUGCUAUAACAGUUCACACAGAAAAGAAAGAAGAGGGCAUGUCCUGCUCUCCUGUUGUCAUACCGGUGCCAUCAAAGCGGGGCAGGAAGAAGAAAUCCAACCUCUCGUUGGUGGGUUCAUCCACCGGUGACGCACUGAUGCUCAGUCAUCUGUCUGGACAGCACCAUCCUGUUGACCCGUAUGACCUCUCUGUUGAAGAAGGGCAUUCUGGGAAGGACGGAAAGACAUACAGGUGCCGGAUGUGCGGCCUGACGUUCUGCAAUAAGUCAGACAUGCAGCUGCACUCCAAGUCUCACACGGAGGUGAAAGCGCACCAGUGCCCGCACUGCUCCAAAUCCUUCGCUAACUCCAGCUACCUGGCGCAGCACAUCCGCAUCCACAGCGGCGCUAAGCCCUACAUCUGCUCCUACUGCCAGAAGGCAUUCAGGCAGCUCAGUCACUUACAGCAGCACACACGAAACCACACCGAAUCCAAACCCCAUAAGUGUCCUCACUGCUCCAAGUCGUUCGCUAACACCAGUUACCUGGCCCAACAUGUGCGCAUCCACACCGGAGUGAAACCCUACACCUGCUCCUACUGCCAAAAGUCCUUCAGGCAACUCAGCCACCUACAGCAGCAUCACAGAAUCCACACAGGAGACCGACCCUAUAAGUGUGCGCAUCCAGGUUGUGAGAAAGCCUUCACUCAACUAUCAAAUCUUCAGUCUCAUCGCCGUCAACACAACAAAGACAAGCCAUACAAAUGUCAUCACUGUAACCGCGGCUACACAGACUCAGCAAGCCUCGAGGUUCAUCUGACGACUCACACGGUCAAGCAUGCCAAGCUAUACUCCUGCGGCCUGUGCAAUCGCACCUAUACAUCGGAGACCUAUCUGAUAAAACACAUGCGGAAACACUCUCCAGACCUGGUGCCCACUCCACCAUCAUUAGCCCAGCAGAGCCACAGUCCUGUGCAGUCCGGAGCACUGGGAGGGAACCCAACCGGUGGAGGCGGAAACGCAGGCGGAGGUGCGGAUGGACCUACGGCGAGUCGUCCCGACAGGACCAGUGCUUAUCCCCAGCAGGAGGGAGCACCCUGUGUAUUCGACCUGCAACAGUACAAAGCGGUUACUGCACCAGGCAUUCAGUAUAAAACAGUCAGCAUGGCCGAUCUGUCCUCCCACAAAGACUUGUGCAUUACAGUGGAGGCUUCGGCCAUACAGGUGGAUCACCUUAAUUCAUGAGGAAGGAGAAGUCUGCGGGAGGGAAUUCAUGAACUCUGGUAUGGAUUCUAGAAACAGAAGUAGUGACGGCGGGAACUAAUCGUAGUUAUUUAGUCUUAUCAUACCCAUUCUUCCCAGGUAGGGACUGACGCAAGGACUGUAAUAAAGGAUCCAGAUGAACUGUUUGUAUAUGUUCAAUGAAACAAAUGCAGAUGGGGAUUUUAAACUAAACAGUUUUUUUUUUUUUUUUAUGUUGCUUUUUUAACAUUUUGGACAUCUCACAAAUAUCCAGAUCUUCCUGAAUAUUUUAUUUGAGCACAUUGGCUGUCAUCUGUAGAUACGAGUAUCUACAGUACUCCUACACUACAGAAUUCACGCUCUCGUCGGACAGUAUAUACGGACACCUUCGAUAUGUUGCGCAAUAUGCAUGUGAUGUUUUGACCGUAAAAACUGAAAAAGGGAAUCAGUUGACAGUCGCGCUGAGGAAAAGAGUAUAUCCAAGUGUCUAGUAUAUUGUGUGUAUGUGUGCAAAGUUAAAGGACGCUUCAGUUUAUGGUAUAAAUAGAGGACUCUGUGUGUCGGUCACAUGCUCUGGAUUCUGCUAUCAUAAAUAACGCUCUUCAUUCUUCAUUUGUGUGGAUGAUGCAUUGUGUGGAAACACUUAAUAUUGUUAGACUUCCGCUAAUCCAUAUUAGUAUUAACAACUCUUGUACUUUAAACCCUAUCAUAGUCAUUACGAAGAUCAGAUUAGAAUCAAUUACCCUUUAAUUAAAACAAAAAUAAAAGUCUGACAAAAACA